CUAGCUAUAUAUGAGCUGCCCACCUCAGCAGCGUGCACGUCGAGCCUAAAAGCCAAAACAACCGGCCGUAAUAACGAAGGCCAAGCACCGGCAGGCUCUGCGCGCAGCAGCUGUAGCCGCCGCCACCGCCACCGCCAUGGGCAUGGAGGAGUACAAACCGUGUGCGGCCAUGGUGGUGACGCAGUGCAUCUACGCGGCUCUAGCGCUCUGGUCCAAGGCGGCGUUCACCGGCGGAAUGAGCCCCCUGGUCUUCGUCGUCUACAGGCAGGCCGUCGCCACCAUUGUGCUCGUCCCCGUCGCCGUCGCGGCCAACAGGAGGAAGAUGAAGGAGAUGAUGGGCCGCCUUGGAAUGACAGGCUUCUCCUUGGUCUUCGUCGCCUCUCUUGUCGGGGCGACAGUGAAUCAGUGUUUGUACUACCAAGGGGUGAAUCUGGGCUCGUCGUCGAUGGCAACGGCCAUGACCAACUUGAUUCCGGCCAUCACCUUCGUCAUGGCAGCAUCAGUCGGGCUAGAGAGGGUGGAGGUGAGGAGGCCUCGGAGCCUCGCCAAGAUCUUCGGCACGGCCGUCUGCGUGAGCGGCGCCAUGGCCAUGGCCUUCUUCAAGGGCCCGAAGCUGCUGCUGGGCGACCUGCACGACGCUCUCCUCCUCCCCCUCCACUCGCCGGCGGCGGGCGGCGGCAGCAGCAGGUGGGUGGCGGGCGCGCUCUUCCUGGUGGGCAGCAGCUCCUGCUGGUCGCUCUGGCUCAUCCUGCAGGUGCCCAUCUGCAAGUCGUACGUGGACCCGCUGGCGCUGUCGGCGUGGAUGUGCCUCCUCUCCACGCUCCAGUCCGCGCUGCUCGUCGCCUUCCUCCUGCCGGACCCUGCCGCCUGGCGGAUCCACUCGCUCUUCGACCUCUCCUGCUGCCUCUUCUCGGGGGUGUUGGGGUCAGGCGUCACGUUCUACCUGCAGUCGUGGAGCAUCUCGGUGAGAGGCCCGCUCUACUCCGCCAUGUUCAACCCGCUCUGCACCGUGAUCACCACCGUCUUCGCCGCCGCCGUCCUCCGUGAAGAGCUGCACGUCGGCAGCUUGCUGGGCGCGAUCGCCGUCAUCGCGGGGCUGUACGUGGUGCUGUGGGGCAAAGCGGGCGACGCCAAGAGGCGGGGGCUGCAGGACCAGGAGCCAGAGCAGCACUCGGACGACGACUUGGAGAAGACGUCGGCGCGGUCGGAUUCGAUGGUCGACGUCGGCAAUGGCAUCGCCGAGCCCCUCCUGGCCGGCGGCGAUCCAACGGCGAAGUAGAGGGGAUUUUUUGCUCCUCAGUGUUCUGUGCGUGCGCCGUGUUUCAGGGUCGUCGUUAUGCUACUGGCGCAGUGCGCGCAGUCCCAUUUUUUUUGGUCAUGUACAGUACUCUAGCAGUUUCAAAAUGGCCGGUUGGUGGAGUUUGACUUGAUCUA